CUCUCCCCGCCGGGCGGUGGCGGGGACCGCCGGGAAGGAGGCGGUGACAUGGCGGCCGGCGGGGCGGGUGACAGGGAGGGAUGGUGCGGCGCGGCGGCGGGCGGGCUGGCCCUGCUCGGCCUGGCGCCCGGGGCUCCCAGCUGCCCGCACGGUCCCGCUCUCCUGUUUGUAAAGACCAGCCAAGGAAAAGAGGAGGGAAGAAGAUUUUAUGCUUGUUCAGCUUGUAGGGACAGAAAAGAUUGUAACUUUUUCCAGUGGGAAGAUGAGAAGGUGUCAGAAACUAGGCUUGCAGCACGCGAAGAAUAUAAUAGAAAUCAUCAGCCUUUUUUUACACACAGACAGAACGUGGAAAGGUACAAGAAUUUUGUUCUGUUGCCGUUAUCAAAAAGGAGGUUUUGCCAGGAGUGCCAGCAAUUGCUAUUACCAGAUGAAUGGGAAAAACACUCGGAUCACCAGUUCCUGUGUGAUAUCUCCACUGCCCAGUUAAAAAGUCCCAGCCGACUUCUGUAUCCACUAGAGAAUAAAAAAACAAAUGCACAGUAUUUAUUUGCAGACAGAAGUUGCCAGUUCCUACUGGAUCUUAUUAUUGAUUUAGGAUUCAGACGAGUGCUCUCUGUUGGCACACCCAGGCUUCAUGAAAUCAUCCAGUCAAAAGCAUCACAAGAAGAAGACUUCAGAGUUAGAAGCCUUCUGCUAGAUAUUGAUUUCAGGUACUCACAGUUUUACGCAGAAGAUGAAUUCUGCCACUACAACAUGUUUAAUCAUUAUUUUUUUGGUGGAGAGGCUGCACGUGAAACUUGUAGGAAAUUCUUGUAUCAACACAAUGGCGAAAGAGUCAUUAUGGUAACUGAUCCCCCAUUUGGAGGUCUAGUGGAAGCACUGGCUUCUAGUUUUAAAAAACUGAUGGCAAUGUGGAAGGAGGCAGAGGAAGGAGGUCAUAAUAGCCAAGAGAUGCCCACGUUCUGGAUAUUUCCAUACUUCUUUGAGUCUCGUAUUCUGGAAUUUUUCCCAAGCUUCAGUAUGAUGGAUUACCAGGUAGACUAUGAUAAUCAUGCACUUUAUAAACAUGGCAAGACAGGUCGUAGGCAGUCCCCUGUCCGUAUUUUCACGAACCUCACCCCAAGUAUGAUUGUACUCCCUGUGGAAGAAGGUUACAGGUUUUGCGCUAUAUGUCAGCGGUAUGUUAGUUCUGGUAACCAGCACUGUGAGAUAUGCAAUUCAUGUACAUCAAAAGAUGGUAGACAAUGGAAACAUUGUGUUCUCUGCAAAAAAUGUGUAAAACCCUCUUGGUUUCACUGUAGCAAUUGCAACUGCUGCGCUCUUCGGAACCACCCUUGUGAGAAGACUGAUGCUGGCUGUUUUGUCUGUGGCAAGGCAGGUCACAAACGCAGUACCUGUCCCAGUCUCUCCCACGCCAGAACAGCUUGCCAAGCUGACAAAAAGCAAAAGCAGAAAACUCUGAAGAGGAUAAAGGCGGGGGUCCGUCAAAGAUCAGCUAUGAAGCAUGCCGUCUUCUUCAGGAAGAAAGUUUUACUUCAUCGGCUUGCAAACUUUCAACGAGUGUGGAGUUUGCCUCCAAAUGAAAAUACAGGAAAAGAAGUGACUGCUCUUGCUUGGCGACCGGAUGGCAAAAUUUUGGCUUUUGGCCUUUCUGAUACCAAGCGGAUUAUUCUGUGUGAUGUAGAAAAACCUGAAAGCUUGCACUCCUUCUCCGUGGACUCCUCUAUUACUUACAUGCAUUGGAUGGAAGUAACUGAGGAAAGCAGUGUUCUCACUUCCUUUUACAAUGCUGAGGAUGAAUCAAAUCUCCUGUUGCCUAAAUUACCAGCGCUACCAAAAAAUUACAGUACCACUGCAAAAAUUUUCAGUGAAGAAAAGUCAGAUGAGAUUAUGAAGCUGCUGGGUGAUGUAAGGCUUAAUGCUCUUGUCCUUGGUGGCAGCUCAGGAUUUAUUGAGAUUUAUGCUUAUGGAAUGUUUAAGAUUGCUGCAGUAACUGGGGUGGCAGGUUCUUGUCGUGGACUAUGUUUGUCUAGUGAUUUGAAAUCACUGUCAGUUAUUACAGAAAUGCGAGACUCUUCAGACAGCGAAGCAGAGAUAACAUAUUUUCAGCUGGACACUAGUCUAUUAUCAAGUUACUUACCUGAGGUAACUCGAAUGGCUCGGAAGUUUACUCACAUUUCAACUCUGUUACAGUAUAUAAAGUUGUCAUUGACGUGCAUGUGUGAGGCGUGGGAAGAAAUAUUGAUGCAGAUGGACUCACGAUUAACAAAGUUUGUACAGGAAAAGAAUACAACCACUUCUGUUCAGGAUGAGUUUAUGCAGCUGUUGUUAUGGGGCAAAGCAAGUCUGGAACUUCAGGCAUUACUAAUGAACCAACUGACAGUAAAGGGUUUAAAAAAACUUGGUCAGUCCAUAGAGUCUUCCUAUUCCAGUAUACAAAAGUUGGUCAUAAGCCAUUUGCAGAGCGGCUCUGAGGCGCUGUUAUACCACUUGAGUGAAUUGAAAGGAAUGGCUCUGUGGAAACAAAAAUACGAGUCUCUGGGAUUAGAUGCAUCUGGAAUUGAAGAGGCUAUUACUGCUGUUGGUUCUUUCAUCCUGAAAGCAAAUGAGCUGCUUCAAGUUAUCGACAGUAGCAUGAAAAACUUCAAAGCAUUUUUUCGAUGGCUGUAUGUUGCCAUGUUGAGGAUGUCAGAAGAUCACGUGCUUCCAGAACUGAACAAGAUGACUCAAAAAGAUAUCACGUUUGUUGCUGAUUUUCUUACUGAACACUUCAAUGAGGCACCAGAACUUUACAAUCGUAAAGGAAAAUACUUCAAUGUGGAGAGAGUUGGCCAGUACUUGAAAGAUGAAGAUGAUGACCUUGUAUCACCACCCAAUACAGAGGGAAACCAGUGGUUUAACUUUCUUAAAAAUAGUACUCAUCUUAAAGAAAGUCCACUUUUGUUUCCCUACCAUCCUGAGAAAUCACUGCAUUUUGUCAAAAGGCAAAUGGAAAGGGUCAUUGAUCAGUGUUUACAAAAGCCAGCGGAUGUAAUUGGAAAGUCUGUGCAUCAAGCAGUCUGCAUGCCUCUUUACAAAACUUCUGAAAGUGAAGAUUCCACACCUCAAUUAUUUAAACUACCAUUUCUGUGGAAUGACAAAACAUCCAAUAUACAUUAUGUUCUCUUCACCAUAUUAGAAAAUUCUAUUUCUAAGAUACACAUUUUGAGAAGACAUACUGAUACUUCCAGGUCUGUCAGUAAUGGAAUUCUUGCAGUAGAGUUUGGAAACUUCUUGAACAACAGUAUAAGUGACAGCUCAGACUCCAGAUGCUACAGUUGUUUAGAUGCACACUUCUAUGAUGAUGAAACUGUAACUGUAGUUUUGAAGGAGAGCGUGGAGCAAGAGGGCAAGGAGAGAGUCUUGGCUCAGCUGCCUUUAUCUUCACUAUACACAGAUGAGGAUCAAGAUAGGGAAUUCAUCUGGGAUUCUACUAAAAGGCUGGAUGAGCAAAGUGGCGAGAUACCCACGCGUACUGUCUUCUUGGAGAGUCAGUGGAGAGUGCUGGAGAAUAUGAAAGCUCAGUAUGUUGCUGUAAAUGGCAUUAGAAAAGUUUCCUGCGUGCUAAGUUCAAAUCUCCGUCAUGUGAGGGUGUUUGAGAUGGAUGUAGAGGAUGAUGGCGAAGUUGAGGAAGAAGAGGAAGAAGAAACAACUCAGAUUGCUGCUGGGGAACCUGAUGAGCCGAAUCAGUCUGCAGAUAACCAGGACAAUGUGUGUGAUGCGUCUGCUGAAGAACUACCUGAUGAAACCGAAGAACACGAAUCGAGUCUGGACCCUUGACGUAGGCUUUUGUACUGGUAAAGGGACAAGACUGUAAUCUAACUUCAGGCUGCUGAGAUGACGUGUCCUGAACCUACUCGAGGAGCUGUAGUAGGAUGUUGUGUGUCAGAAUUACAUACUGCUUCUCAGCUAAGACUGUCUGUGUUCUGGAGUACGUUUAUUUGACCCUUUUUUGUCUGGCACAUGGUUUGGUAUGAACUAAAUUUCCUUGAGAGCUUUUCCAUUUGCAAUUUUUUAUAGGUGCAGAGAAAAAGAAAUACCAACUGACUUUUUUUGUAGUUAACCUGUUCAGUCCUGAAUACUGUUAUUAAGAUAAAAUGAACUUGAAUGUGAAAACAACAAAACUCAGGACCAAAUUCUUCUUUUUCCUCAGACUUCGUAUUCUAGUAACGGGUGCAGAAGCUUCCUGUAGAGCCAAAAUUUAAGAGUGUGUAUGGCCAACAACAAGCUUGCAGAUCAGCAUAAGACUAGUUAGACAACAAAUUUACCAAUUGUUAUUUAAAUACGUACUUUUAAAAACUCUUCUGAUAACAUCUGUCCUCAGUAACACUGUAUUUCAAUCUGUGCUGUUCUUU